CUCUUCUCCGCGUUUUCCACUCCACCUCAGUCCUAGCUAGCACUAGCACCUCCUUUACUCAUCACCCGUCAUCGCCUCCCUCUCCAUCCCCGAGCAGCCAAGCCAGCCAAGAACCGAACGAGAGUAGAAAGCGCGUAUAAUGGGGGACCGGGCGUACGCGCCGGCCGCGAAGCCGGUUCCCGUACGGGCCACCAACGGCGCGGCGAGCAACGGCGGCGGGCCGCCGCCGCGGCCAGCGCCGCCGUCCAUGCUGCCGGGCGGCCGCGUGCCCCCUCCGCCGAUGUACCGGCCGAAACCCGCGCAGGCGCGGCCACCGGCGCCGCGGCGGCACCUUCCCCGGCGGAGCGGCCGCGGGUGGUGCUGCGCCUGCUGCCUGUGGCUGGCGCUGGCGCUGGCGGGCCUGGCGCUCCUGGGCGGCGUGGCGGCGGGGGCGUUCUACGUGGCGUACCGCCCGCGGCCGCCGCGCUUCGCGGUGACGUCGCUGCGCCUGGCCGCGCUGAACGUGUCCGACUCGGACGCGCUCACCUCCCGCGUCGACUUCACCGUCACGGCGCGCAACCCCAACGACAACCUCGCCUUCCGCUACGGCGACAUCGCGGCGUCCUUCGCCUCGGACGGCGCCGACCUGGGCCACGCCGUCGUCCCGGGCUUCCUCCACCCGCCGGGCAACACCACGGUCGUCCGCGCCGCCGCGGCCGCCGACGCCAACACCAACACCGUCGACCCCGUCCAGGCGGCGGCGCUCAGAUCCAGGAGGGCCCACGUCGUGUCGGCGCAGAUGGACGCCAGGGUCGCCUUCCAGAUCGGCCGGUUCAGGUCCAAGAGCAUCAGCGUCCGCGUCACCUGCGCGGGGGUCUCGGUUGGGCUCGCCAAGCCAGCGCCGGCGCCGGCGCCGGACGCGGAGCCCCCCGUGGUCGUCGCUGCGGCCCCGGCCCCGGCACGCGGCCGUGCGCGUGGCCACUCGCCGCGCUCGGUUGUACGGACGACGACGUCGUCGUCAUCGUCGUCGUCCUCCUCCUCCAGCGGCGGCGGCGGCGGGAAGAUGACGCCGACGGACGCCAAGUGUAAGGUCCGCAUCAAGAUCUGGAUUUGGUCGUUUUGAUGGAUGGGCGGAUUCCAUUUGGGAUUUGGGGAGGCGGCGGCGGCGGCGGCGGGGGUAGAGUGACAAUUUUUUCCUUUCGACUUCUUUUUUUUUCUUCCUUUCUCUUGACAACAGUGUAUGUGGAUUUAUUGGAGUAUAGUCUAUAUAUGGUUUUCAUCUUC